GAGAAGCUGGAAGAUGUCGGUGAAUUACGCAGCGGGGCUUUCGCCUUACGCGGACAAGGGGAAAUGUGGCCUGCCAGAGAUUUUUGAUCCGUCGGACGAGCUUGAGAGAAAAAUCCACGAGUUGGCCAGCUUGAUCCGAAAUUCUUCCUAUGUGGUGUUUCACACAGGUGCUGGCAUCAGUACGGCUUCUGGAAUUCCAGAUUUCAGAGGCCCGAACGGUGUGUGGACCAUGGAGGAGCGAGGCUUGGCCCCUAAAUUCGACACCACCUUUGAGAACGCACGGCCUUCCAAGACCCACAUGGCCCUCCUGGAGCUACAGAGGAAGGGCGUUCUACGAUUUCUAGUCAGCCAAAAUGUGGACGGGCUCCACGUGCGCUCCGGGUUCCCAAGGGACAAGCUGGCCGAGUUGCACGGGAACAUGUUUGUGGAAGAAUGCAUGAAGUGCGGCAAGCAGUACAUACGGGACACCGUGGUGGGGACGAUGGGCCUCAAGCCGACGGGCCGGCUAUGCGAUGUGUCCAAACGCAGAGGGCUUCGGUCCUGCAGAGGAAAACUAACGGACACCAUUUUGGACUGGGAAGACUCCUUACCUGAUCAGGACCUCAAUCUGGCCAGUGAAGCUUGCAGAUCAAACCCAGCGGCGACCUCCCUCUGCUGACGAAGAAGAAAGGGGGCAAGCUGGUGAUCGUCAACCUGCAGCCAACCAAGCAUGACAAGCAAGCUGACCUACGGAUUCAUGGGUACGUGGAUGAGGUCAUGACGAAGCUGAUGAAGGACCUGGGGCUGGAAAUCCCCGAGUGG